CAAAUUAAGUGCAUUGUUUUUCAUUUUGCAAGAGAGAGAGAGAGAUAGCUCACACUGAAAUUAAUUGUAGCUAGCUUAAUUAGCUAGGUAGCAGAGAGAGAGAGAGAGAUGGAUGGGAAGAAGCCGUACGUGAUGGCGGUCGUGAUCCAGGUGAUCUACACGGGGCUGUACGUGGUCUCCAAGGCGGCCUUCGACCAGGGGAUGAACACCUUCGUCUUCAUCUUCUACCGUCAGGCCGCUGCCACUCUUCUCUUGCUCCCUCUCGCCAUCAUCCUCGAAAGGAGAAAUGCGCCACCCAUGUCGCUUCGGUUGUUCACCAAGCUCUUCAUGUACGCUCUGCUGGGGAACACAAUAAGCAUGAACGUGUACAACAUCAGCCUCAAGUACACCUCGGCGACAGUCGGAUCCGCCACUAGCAACUCUGUCCCUGUCGUCACCUUCUUCUUGGCUGUCCUCUUAAGGCUGGAAGUGAUCCGGCUGAGGACCUUGUCAGGCAUGGCCAAGGCGGCGGGCGUGGCGCUCUGCCUCGGCGGCGUGCUCGUCAUCGCGCUCUACGCCGGCCCCGCGAUAAGCCCGCUCAACCACCACCGCGCCUUCACCAACGAAGCGGCGAGCCGCGGCGGCGGCGGCGGCGGGCGGACGAGGUGGGUGAAGGGGACGUUCCUGAUGCUGCUGUCCAACACGGCAUGGUCGCUGUGGAUCGUGCUCCAGGCGUCGCUGCUCAAGGAGUACCCCAACAAGCUGCUCGCCACGCUCCUGCAGUGCGCCCUCAGCACGCUGCAGUCGCUGCUGCUCGCCGCGGCCGUCGUGCGCGCCGACGCGGCGGCCUGGCGGCUGCGCCUCGACGCCGGCCUCCUCGCCGUCGCCUACACCGGCUUCGUCGUCACGGGCGUCUCCUUCUACCUCCAGGCCUGGUGCAUCGAGAAGAAGGGGCCCGUCUUCCUGGCCAUGUCCAACCCGCUCUGCUUCGUCCUCACCAUCUUCUGCUCCUCCUUCUUCCUCGGCGAGAUCGUCCACCUCGGCAGCAUCCUCGGCGGCAUCCUGCUCGUCGCCGGCCUCUACAGCGUGCUCUGGGGUAAGAGCAAGGAGCACAAUAUGCAGCUCACCCUCGCCGCCGCCGCCACUGUACAAGUGAAACAGCAGCAAGACGACAGUGCAGAUAACAAGAUGGACAUCGCCGCCGAUGAGGACGAGAAGCAGCAGAAAUUGGCAUCGCCAGAGCAACAAGUCUAGCUGAAAUUGACUAGGGUGGACUAGUAGUGGAGCAGCUACUGUAUCCAGCACCUGGAUUACAUAAUUAAUUACCUAGUUUGUUUAGACUUAAUCAUCAAGACAUAAAUGCACGAUGGAUUGAAGUAUUACUUAUGUUUCAGACUACAGGAUGGUCUGAUCCUUCUUAAAUUCAUGCCGAUGCUAACAAAUUAAUCUAAACACAUAUACAAAAUAUCUUAAA